UCCUUGUCGUUCUACCCAGCGUUAAUGCACCCAUCUGCCGGUCUUGCCUACUGGCGGCUCGCCCACGGAAUCCAUCUUGCAACUCCUCUAUCACAAGCACACCUAUGACCUGUCGCCCUCGAAGCCUUCUGUUGGCCUUGAAUUCCAUUGUAUUUCUAGUCUGGUGGCUGGGUCUCCCCAGACACCCACGCUGCUUGUUUUCCCUGCUUUAUCUACAUCUCCACUCCACCAACUGGGCGUCUGCAGUACGCACUCACGCAUCCAUGUUUCUUCAGCGCAGGCAGAAACGAUUGGUCAGAGGUGAUCAUGAAGGUCAUGUCAGUCCGACCGUUGCCAUGGGAUAACGGACCAAGCGCGCGGGGUCAAUGACUAGCACCUGUUCCCACAAGCUUGUUGAGGUCUUCCCGUCGCUCCUGUCGGUGCAAAAGUGUUUAAUGCUUCGAGACAUACCACACUA